AUGGUGGCCUCAUCGUUGACGAGGGCCGCUGCCAGGGCCGCUGCCAGGGCCGCUACCAGGGCUGCUCUGCGAGCUGCGCUUCCUUCGCCGCCGCCGGCCCGCCUGUUCACCGCGUCGGCUCGAACCCUCCUUCCAGCCGGCUCCGAAGGGCCUCUGCCGACCUACUUUUCGAAGCCGAAGCGGCGUCCGGCCAACACGGUCGUCCGCUUUGUUCCGCAGCAGACGGCAUGGAUUGUCGAGCGCAUGGGCAAAUUCAGCCGCAUCCUGGAGCCGGGCCUGGCUCUCCUGAUCCCCUUUCUUGACCGGGUCGCCUACGUCCAGAGUCUCAAGGAGGUGGCCAUUGAGAUUCCCAGCCAGAGCGCCAUCACGGCCGAUAACGUGACGCUCGAUCUGGACGGCGUGCUGUUCACUCAGGUGUUUGAUGCCUACAAAGCAAGCUACGGCGUCGAGGACGCAGAUUACGCCAUUUCGCAACUGGCGCAGACGACGAUGCGCUCCGAGAUUGGCCAGCUGACCCUUGACCACGUCUUGAAGGAGCGCGCCGCCCUCAACACCAACAUCACGGCCGCCAUCAACGACGCCGCCCAGGCGUGGGGCGUCACAUGCCUGAGGUACGAGAUCCGGGACAUCCACGCGCCCGCCGCCGUGGUGGACGCCAUGCACCGGCAGGUGACGGCGGAGCGGUGCAAACGCGCCGACAUACUCGACUCGGAGGGCCAGCGCCAGAGCGCCAUCAACGUCGCCGAGGGCCGCAAGCAGAGCGUGAUCCUCGCCUCGGAAGCCAUGCGCGUCCAGCGGGUCAACGAGGCCGACGGCGAGGCCGAGGCCACCUUGCUCAAGGCUCGCGCCACGGCGGAGAGCAUCGACACCGUGUCCAGGGCGGUCCUCGAGGGGCGCGAGGGCGCCGCGGGCGCCAUGGGCCUGCGGGUCGCGGAGAAGUACAUUGAGGCGUUUGAUCGUCUGGCCAAGGAGGGGACCGCGGUGGUGGUGCCCGGCAACGUGGGCGACAUUGGCGGCAUGGUUGCCACGGCGCUGGGCGUCUACGGCAAAGUCGGAGAAGCGCAGGGCAAAGCGACGGGCCGGGCGGUCGUGGACCCUGCGGCUGCGGCGAGGGAGAGCGCGAGAAGCAAGGCAAACGGGAGCGCCCGUCAGGAAGCAGCGGCGGCGACGGGGGCGGCGACGGGGGUCAGCAAGGAGGCCUGA